AUGUUGACGCUGCCAUGGCACCGCCGGGCGCUGCCCGAGGAGAACCGCGCGGCCUCGUCGCCGCACUCGUCGUCUGCGACGUCCUCGACAGCCAUCGAGCCGACGUCGCCCGCCCAUGUGCUUCUCUCGACCGAGCGCCGGGACGAGCUGCUCCACGUCGCCCGGACCAAGCGCAUCUCGUGGGUCGAGGGCAUGGGCAUUGGCCGCAAGCGCCGGCCGUCCGCGGGGCAUGCGCGCCACGCGACGUCGACGGUGCUGGAAUGCACCAAGUGCGCGGACGAGCUCAUGCACUUUAUGGACGCGUUGGAGCUAGCACCGUCGUCGACGCCCGAGACGCCGACCUCGCUUGGGACGAUCUCGCUCCUCGACGAGAUCGUGCAGCCGCAUGGCCAUACGCCGUCGCUUCCAAUCGACCCGUCGUUCCGCCGAUCGUACAACCAGCUCCUCGACGUCCUCCGCCACGCCGACGCAGCCGACCUCGUGCACACGAUCCAGACGUUUCUCAAAUCUUUCCAGGAAAAGGUCGCCGCCGAUGCAGGAAAGCGACCCGCGUCGCACUUUGGCGAGCGCGUCCAGCACUUCGUGACGCACCUCAUGCAUUUGCUGCAGACGUCACCGCUCGUGCAGCGCAUGGAGCGGCAGAAGCUCCUCGAGGACUUCAAGGACCCCGAGUGGCGGCGCGAGGCGCUCGAAGCCUUCCUCAUGGAGAAGCUGCAUGCGACCGUCUUUCCCGCGUCCAGCAACCUCGAUGCAGCGCUCUACGACCGCAUUGCGUCCCUCCGCUUCCUCGACUUUGCGCACUUGGACAUUACCGCGACGUCGGAUCUUCCGCGAUGGAAAUCGAUCCAAGACGACCUUUCGGCGCUGCCUCGGUACUUGAGCCCGCGCCGCAUGAUGACGUGCAUUUUGCACGUCUGCCAAGAGCUCACGCACCUCCUGCGCGCGCACCACGGGCGGUAUCCGGGCGCCGACGAGUUCCUCCCCGCGCUCAUUUACACCAUCCUCAAGGCCAACCCGGUCCAUCUCCACAGCGUCGUCCAGUACAUCCAGAAUUACCGCCACCCCUCGAAAUUGCUCUCGGAACCUGGCUACUUUUUCACGCACGUCGUGUCGAGCGUCUCGUUCUUGGAGCAGCUCGACGACUCGGGCUUGAGCAUAUCGCCCGAGGACUUCCACGCGGGCCUCGCCGCGACCAAAGAGGCCGUCGGUGACGCGGGCGCCGUCAUCGAGCCGUUGUCGCCGACCAAGGAGACGCCGUGUCUUGACCACUCGGAAGACGCGCAGUUGACGCCAAUCAGUGUCCUCGAGGUCCGCGCCCGUCGCCGGGUCUCGGCCCUCACGCCGUCGGUCGUGCCCGUGCUCAUGACACCGACGAGGACGUCGUCGCCGUCAUUUCUCGACAAGACGGCGGCGGACCUCCGCCUCUGUGACAUUCCGCUGCUGCUGGACGAGUACAAGGCGCUGCACCGACGCGCCCGUGACGCCUAG